AUACAGUUCCAGAACAUGACAAUCUGAAAGUUUCUCUUCUCCAGAACUUCCUGAAGAAAUUAGAUAGAAUGAGAAUGGAAGUCGCCAAGCAACUCGUUCAAGAUGCCAUAACAGGUAUAGAAACUGGGUUUGAUUACGCUGCCUAUGAAGACGUUGAGAAAGACAAAUUGGAACCUAUUUUAGAGGCUUGCAAGCUAUUUUUUACUCGAAUAAUUAGUUUAAAGCUUACCGAGGUCCAAGUCAAAGAAGAUGCAAAAUUGUUAGACAUAUCAACGAAUAUUUUUGAUCUGAUAUGGAACGCCAUUCAAAUGCGUCAAGCGUCCAUUAAGUCAGGUCUACGAAGUCUUCAUAUUGAAAUAAGCAAGAAUCAUCUCCGAGAUUUCGAUUGGAAAAUACAUUACUCCUUGGCCAAUGACCGAUUAGUCAGCCAAAAAGUUUGCUACUUAAUUUUGUAUUUAAAAAUAGCCUCGGACCAAAAUCCUACGCAUCAAAUAACAAUCGAAAUGACAACUCAAGAGUUGACUAAUUUGAUUUUGGUAUUGGAACAGGCUAACCAGGAGCUGAUCAAAUGGCUUUAAAUUCAGAUGCGUUCGUAAAAAUUAACAAGUUUUACAACAUUGGCGUGAGGUGGUAAUUGUUUUUGGAAAUGAGGCUGAAUUUUUGCAUAGGUGGGAAUUCGAGGUGUUCAUAUAGUAGUACUCAGGUGGACCCUUCAUUAUUUUUAGCCAUAAUUUGAAGGAAAUUCUGACCUAAUGGUGGGGUAAAGAUUCAUAAUCUGGCAUUCGAGUGAAAUUAAAACAAAACCCAAUACUACUUA